AUGUUCAGCUUCGUAGCAGACCUGAUCUCCUCGGUGACCUGCAUCAUCCUCCCAGCCUACAUCUCCUACAAGGCCCUCCGCAGCCGCGAUCCAGCGCAGUCCCACCCAUGGCUGAUCUACUUCACCAUCCUUUCGCUUGUCCAGCUGGCUGAUUCGUACACCGACUUCAUUACGGGCUGGAUCCCCUUCUUUGGCGUCUUUCGCCUCUUCUUCAUGCUCUACCUCGUCCUCCCUCAAACGCAAGGCGCCAAAGUCCUCUACUUGGACUACCUCGAGCCAUACAUCGUCCACCACGAGAAGCAGAUCGACGAGUUCAUCACACAAGUGCACACACAGCUCCAAUCGAUAGGCUUUGGGUACAUCAAUACUCUAAUCGUGCUCAUCCGCGAGAAAGUCCUGCGUCAGCAAUCACCACAGCCUCCGCCCCAACAGACCGGUGCCGGCACCUACGCCAGCUAUGCCAACGACUACCUCUCACGCUUCCUCAUGCCACAAGCUAGACCUUCCGAGACCCAGCCCGUGGGCGGCAUCUACAGCGCCCUCUCCGGCAUGGCUGCGUCCGCAAUGGCAGGCGGUGCCACUCAAGGCGGCAGAUCAAGAGGACUAGACGACCACGGCGACAUCUCAGACAGUCUGCGCAACAUGUCCGACCCUCCCAGCGAUCAAGCUACAUCUCCACCGAACGAGAGCGCCUCCAAGCCCCAGAACAUCGAUCUGGCGUAUGGCUCUGGCGGCACAAGCGCAAUUCCCAAAUCCCGAUCAAGCACAUCCUUCGUCAACGUCGACCACGACGACUUCCAGCCCCCGCCACCAGUCACAGGCUCCAGCCCGGGAAGCCGACAAACCAGCGGAGGCAACUGGCAGAGCCAAGCAGCGCACGCGGCAGCUGGCUUCUUCGGUGGUGGCGACGACAGCAAACAACAACACCAGCAGUCCUCUUCUUCCGGCUGGAGCGCGGCAAGGGAUAUCACGGCGGCAAUAUCCAGCGUCAGUCUGGACAUCAGAAGCGAAGACGGUGCAUUGCUCUGCGAUUCAGACCAUCCUAGCUUCCCUGUCAACCACAAUCAGAGCACGGCACCGGCACCACCACCUCCACCACCCUCGGUCACGCUAACUCCUCACGAGAUCGACGCUAGCUUCAAUUUGCCUGAAGAUGCAGGUGGCAGCAGCAAAGGCCCGCCGCCCUACGAGCUCCGAGAAGACCCAGCGACGCCUAUUCCGGCGACGCCGCGUAUUGAGCCCCUCGCGAGACUCGAUCCCAGGCUGAGCGUCAGCACGAAUGUCAGAGAAUGGGGCCAGUUGGAUGAGGAGGUGCAUCAUCAUGGCCAUCGUGAAAGCGUUGAAUGA